CCCACCUAAAUCUCCUCAUGCGGCGUCCGGUUUCCACCCCCGCCGGCCGCCGCCACAGCACCGACAAUUGACAAUUCCGGCUGCGUCGAGCAUGCGCGGCCGUCUCAACCUCCUCCCGCGCCUACUGCUCCGCCGGUACGCCCACCGGCGGUCCAAGCCCUCGUCCCCACCGCCCCCUCCCCCUCCCCCCAACCCGCCGCGCCCGCCGCAGAAGCCGGACCCCGUCUCCAUCCACGGGGAGACGUGGCACGACAACUACGCCUGGAUGGGCGCCCUCUCCGACGCCGCCGCCAUGCGCCACAUGGACGUCCACAUGGAGGCCGAGGAGAAGUACGCCGAGGCCUGCCUCGCCGCCUGCGGCGCCGACCGCCUCGCCCGGAAGCUCCAGCUCGAGAUGGCCUCCCGACUCGCCUCGGACUCCUGCACCCCGCCCGUCCGCUGGGGCCCCUGGCUUUACUACCGACGCGCGGACGAGGGCAAGCAGUACCCCGUGCUCUGCCGCCGCUCCGCUAAGCUCCACAGCGAGUUCGUCUCGUACAGCGACCCCUCCGCUGGGUUUGACUUCACGGCUGGGAAGCGCAUCGAGCAAAAAUUGGUGGACUACAAUAAGGAGGCCGAACGAUUCGGAGGAUACUCAUAUGAGGAGCUGUCUGAAAUAUCUCCAGAUCACAGGUUCAUUGCAUACACAAUGUAUGACAAAGAUAAGGACUCUUUCACCUUAAUGGUCAGGGACCUAGUAACAGGGACACUUUGUGAUAAGCCUCGCGCUGAUCGGGUAUCAAAUAUUUCAUGGGCUAUGGAUGGGAAAGCAUUGGUUUAUGUUGUUACAAAUGAGGAAAGAAGGCCGUACCGAUUGUUUUGCAGCAUGAUUGGAUCCAACAAGGAUGACAUUCUCAUUUUGGAAGAACCUGAUGAGAAUAUUUUUCUAAAUAUCAGGCAUACCAAGGAUUUUCGGUAUAUAACAUUAAAUGUCUUUUCAGACAUUCAUUCAAAGGUGUAUUUAAUAAAAUCCUCUGAUCCCUUGUCCCAAAUGAAACUUGUAUGGGAAGGGGAAUCCCAAGUUCAUUGCAUUGUUGAACAUCAUCGUGGACACCUUUAUUUAUUUACAGAUGCUGCAAGAGAAGGUGUCCCUGUUAAUUCACAUUAUGUAAUGCAGUCUGAUGUGGAAUCUCCUGGGCCUAAGAGUUGGAAGAAUGUUUUUAUCGAGGAGCCUGGUGUCAUUCUUGAAGAUGUUGAUUUUUGUGAUACUCAUAUGGUGCUCACUUUGAGACAAGGCAGUAAACUUAGACUUUGUGCAGUUAAUUUGCCUCUAACUGAAGGCAUCAAUGUACCUGCUCAUCUAUCAGAUUUCCAUCCAUUUGACCUGCCUCUUCCCAAUGAUGUGUGUCAGAUUGUAUCUGGGCCGAAUUAUGAUUAUUGUUCCUCAACAAUGCGUUUCACAAUAUCGUCACCUGUGAUGCCUGAUGCUGUUGUUGACUACAACUUAUUGAAUGGAAAGUGGCAGAUAGUACAACAACAAAACAUGCUUCAUGAACGAACAAAAGCACUUUAUGGUACUGCUUUUGCUGCAAAUACAGGCAGGCUAUCCUCAGAUACAGCUGAUUUUCCAACUGAAGAUUUUGAAGAUUGUGGUUGGAAUGAGCUCUCUGAAUACUAUGCUUGUGAAUACUACGAUGUUCCAUCAAAUGAUGGUGUUUUGGUUCCACUGACUUUAGUAUAUUCACGGAAGCACAAGCAAGAUGGAAAUCCAGGCUUACUUCACGGACAUGGUGCUUAUGGUGAGAUUCUGGAUAAACGUUGGCGGAGUGAGUUAAAGAGCUUACUGGACCGUGGUUGGGUGAUUGCCUAUGCUGAUGUUAGGGGAGGUGGAGGUUAUGGUAAGAAGUGGCACCAAGAAGGUUCGCGGACCAAAAAAAUGAAUUCUGCAUGUGAUUUCGUUUCUUGUGGAGAGUUUCUUCUUGAAAAGGGUAUCAUACAAGAAAAUAAGCUUGCUGGAUGGGGAUAUAGUGCUGGAGGGCUUCUGGUGGCUUCAGCAAUUAAUACUCGCCCAGAUUUGUUUCGCGCUGCUGUUUUGAAGGUCCCUUUCUUGGAUAUUUGCAACACCCUUCUCCAUCCUAUUCUACCUCUUACAGCCAUUGAUUAUGAAGAGUUUGGGUUCCCUGUGGACCAUGAAGAGUUCCUUGCAAUCAGAAAGUAUUCUCCUUAUGAUAACAUUCAGAGGGAUGUUCCUUACCCAGCUGUGUUUGUGACAUCAUCAUUUAAUACAAGGUUUGGUGUAUGGGAAGCAGCUAAAUGGGUUGCAAAAGUCCGUGAAGUUACUCAAUAUGAUCCAGAGAGGCCUGUGAUUCUCAAUUUGACUACAGAUGUCGUAGAAGAAAGCAAGUAUUUGCAGACUAAGGAAUUAGCCUUGGAGACUGCCUUCCUAAUCAAGAUGGUAAACAAUGUGUGAACAGCAGGUUUUAUCUUUUGGGAUUAAAACCUGUUGCUCAAAGAUGCAAAGCUGAGGCUGACAGGCUCUGAUGUCAAUCCUCUACAUGCAACACAAUCUGAAGUAUCGAUCCAUUAAGUGGAGCUUUUAUGAGAAUUCCUGAUGUGCAUAUCCUUGAAUCAUGUGAGGUCCCAUACUCGCGACAGUUCCCAAUUGGUCUGGUUGUCUGUCACCUUGGUUGGAUAACUUGAAUUUGGAGAACCGUAAUCUACUUUUUUCAAGGGGUAUGCUGAUGUUCGACAAGUGCACAAAACACACAGUAUACUGCUACUAAGUGUUGACAUGCCCUCCUUGAUGCUGAAAUUUACCUUUGGUGUGCUGCUACAAUUGACGCAUAUACUGCUACUAAGUGUUGACAUGCCCUCCCUGAUGCUGAAAUUUGCCUUUGGUAUGCUGCUACAAUUGACAUGUCUCAACUCAUGGUUUGAAAGAGCUGGUAUACUAAAAUGGAGGCUAGGUGGAGUAAAAUCUGACUCAGAAAAAGCCCUGCAGAAUGUACCACUGCAGUUUGGGCCAUGUGCACUAUGGCAGAAGCAGACAAAACAGAACAUAUGUGUCAUAGCCGCAGCUACAAUUUCAUCCUGAAACUCCUGAGAUUAUGAAUGGCCAUUGAAGGGCACAAGAGGAGACAGAGCCAACUUGUUGCUAUAAUGAGAAGGGCGGGUCACAUAUUGGAGGGCACAAGAGGGGACAGAGCCAACUUGUUGCUAUAAUGAGAAGGGCGGGUCACAUAUUUGAGCAUGUGUAACCUGAUGCUUUUUUCAAUACAUGGGACAACGGUAAGUUGCAAAUAUAUCGCAGGCAUGUCAGCACAAUAUAUUGGAGGCUCGAUUGGAAAGCACUCGUCUGUCGAAAGUGGAUCUGUUGUACAAAUACGUUUCUAUGAUCUUCAUCUCUAAAUUUAAUUUGUAGGAUUUAUCUCAUUGUUGGAUGUAUUGAAUUUCACGUAUUCAGAGUUGCAAUUCAGUAUGUCUAUGGUGUUGACGCCUU